AUGUCAAAGGAUACACCAAAACUCGUCGAGCAUGCAUUGACCACCCUAUCUAAGGUGGCUGAAUCCGACACCAACGUAUCUACGAUUGACUUGAAUCUACUCGAGAAUUUAAACACUAAUCAAUCUUUAAACUACAUUAAAUUGGAGAAAAAUUUGAACGAACUUGAAGGAAAUGGUAAACAUUUGCAAUUAUUGAAGAAGGAAUUUGAUCACCAUGCGGAGCUAUUAGUGGAUAUAGAGAGGAAAAUCACAAAACUUGAAGCAGUCGUAAACGAGCUUGACAGUUGGUCCAAGGAGCUUAAAACAGAUUUGAAGAGAUAA